AUGUCCUCAACAAACAACGAAUCCACAUUUUUGAAUAAGGCUGUUUCAGUGUCUCCUCUUGUUUUAUUGUCAGUUGUCGACCAUUAUAACAGAGUGGCAAAGGAUUCAAAGAAAAGAGUCGUAGGGGUUAUAUUGGGAGACAGCUCAACUGAUACUAUCAAGGUCACAAAUUCAUAUGCUAUCCCAUUUGAAGAAGAUGAGAAGAACCCAAGCGUAUGGUUCUUGGAUCAUAAUUUUAUAGAUUCUAUGGGGGAGAUGUUUAAAAAGAUAAACGCCAAGGAAAAGUUGAUUGGUUGGUAUCACUCGGGCCCAAAAUUAAAGCCUUCUGAUUUGAAGAUUAAUGAAGUCUUCAAAAAGUAUACUGCAAAUCCACUUUUACUAAUUGUUGAUGUUCAACCAAGGGAGGUAGGAAUACCAACCGAUGCUUACUUUUCUGUCGAUGACAUCAAAAACGAUGGUUCAGCAGCUGAGAAGACUUUCGUGCAUGUUCCUUCGCUUAUUGAGGCUGAAGAAGCUGAAGAAAUUGGUGUUGAGCACUUAUUGAGAGACAUUAGAGAUCAAGCUGCUGGAAACUUAUCCUUAAGAGUAACACAAACAUACCAGUCGUUAUUAGGUUUGCAUCAAAAACUUAAAGAAAUAGCUAACUAUUUGGACAAAGUUUAUCAGAGAAAGUUACCACUCAACCAUACUAUCUUGGGAAAGCUCCAGAAUGUGUUCAACUUAUUACCUAAACUUGCAAAAUCAAGUCUGAUUGAUCCAAACGGAAUUGAUGUAAACAAUCCAUUGGCAACUGCAUUCACGAUCAAAACUAAUGAUGAAUUGAUGGUGGUUUACAUAAGUACCCUUGUUAGGGCCAUCAUAGCUUUUCAUGAUUUAAUUGAGAACAAGUUAGAAAACAAGAAGUUGAAUGAAAAGAACUCGGGCGAGAAUAAGAUUGAUUUGGACCUCGAAAAGGCUGCCAAUACCAAUGAAAAGGCAGAUGUUCCCGUUGAUGAGUAG